UGCGAAUCCCGCGGACGGACGUCGUGUCGCGAUAGGUUUCCUUUCUUCUUCUGCUGGAGCCUUCGACCUCUUCCGGUUACAUGAAGACGACGGCGUCGAUACAAAAAAGAGCGAGAAGGAAAACAGGAAAAUACCUUUUCUGGGCGAGAACAGCGGAAACUUCAUGUUAAAAUAGCGAGAUACGUGCGAACGGCUCGCUUAUCCCACGGAACCGCCGAUGCUUGACGUCGAGCUGGUCCGGUCGGGCGCCGUGUGAGCAGCGAGAGAGAUCACACAUAUUCGGAGUUUAUUGUUCUCCGUCUAGCUUGGAAGCUACCCCCCCGUCGCCCUGCGCUACCUAGCCCAAGCUAGCUAACCUAGCCCGAGCUAGCUAACGCCAGCUCCCGCUGGAUGCCAGCGCGGUGCCUGACUUCCUCGCGGAGAAAUUAGCCGACGGCUUGGAAAGGGAACGAGAGGAGAGAGAGGGGGGAGAAAAGGCGCCGUUGGUCCGUUUGUGGUUUCGCAGCGGGACGUCGCGCUCACCUCUUCUAGCUCGCGUGCGUCAGGUCGGGUGAGGAUGGCAACGUCGGCUCUGUACGCCUGUACCAAGUGCAACCAGCGGUACCCGUUCGAGGAGCUGUCGCAGGGCCAGCAGCUGUGCAAGGAGUGCCGCAUCGCACAUCCGAUAGUGAAGUGCACGUUCUGCAGAUCUGAAUUUCAGCAGGAAAGUAAAACUAAUACAAUCUGCAAGAAAUGCGCCCAGAAUGUCAAACAGUUUGGAACACCCAAACCCUGCCAAUACUGUAACAUCAUCGCAGCUUUUAUCGGGACAAAGUGCCAACGUUGUACUAACUCAGAGAAGAAAUAUGGACCUCCGCAGACCUGUGAGCAGUGCAAACAGCAGUGCGCUUUUGACCGUAAGGAGGAGGGCAGGAGAAAGGUGGAUGGGAAACUCUUGUGCUGGCUCUGUACUCUGUCCUAUCGCCGUGUCCUGCAGAAGACCAAGGAGCAGAGGAAGGGCUUCGGCUCCUCCAACUCCUCAUCCCUGAAUGAGAAAGACCACCACUCCAGACCUCACCAUCAUCAUCAUCAUCACCACCAACAGCAGCAGCAGCAGCAGCAACAACAACAACAACACAGACACAGCAGCUCUCAUCACAAACUAAGUGGGAGUUUGAGUCCUGAGCAGGAACAGGGACUGUGGAAGCAGAGCCAUAAAUCGUCUUCAAUCCAGAAGGAGACUCCUAAGAAGAAACCAAAACUGGAGAUGAAGCCAUCCAACGGGGACAGUAGUAGUUCCAUUACCCAGUCGAUGGAUUCUGGCGGAACUGACAACUUCAUUCUCAUCAGCCAGCUGAAAGAGGAAGUGAUGUCGCUGAAGAGACUUCUGCAGCAAAGGGAUCUGACCAUUCUCGAGAAGGACAGAAAGCUGACAGAGAUCAAAGCAGACUUUCAGUACCAGGAAUCCAACAUGAGAGUCAAGAUGAACCAAAUGGAGAAAUCACACAAAGAGUCUAUGGAGCAACAACAGGGCAAGAACAGGGAGUUGAUGAAACAAGUGGCAGCCCUCUCUAAAGGGAAAAAGUUUGACCGGACAGGGAGUUCUCUGCUGUUGCCCUAACAAUAGGCCAAGCGAGGGGUAACGACACAGAGCGGCUUCAUUGUUGUAACACUGUGAAAGUCUCCCUACUGUGUUUUCCUCAUUGCCAUUAACAUUGAUCACUUCUUAGCUGGUGAAGCCAGCGACCAUGUUGUACAUGGAGAUCAAUUGUUGAAUCGAAGGAACCCUUCUCCAAAUGUCAGCAUAUUUUAGAUAUUUAUGACAAAUUCUGCAUAGGAUGGGACUUUGGAUGGAGUGGAGGACGGAGCCCUCGUUUUUAACACUGCCGGGCCAAAACAAAAAAAGCAUGGUUUGCAUAUGUGGAUCGCAUUCUGUCAACUCCAAUGUAUCCACGUACCUUUUAUGGAUGUAAUGCAAUUUAUUUAUUCAACUGUAUUUCUUAGCUUUUUUUAUUUCCUCACAACAUACUAAGAGGAUAUCCCACAUUUGGGGGUUUUCUUCAAUAGCAAUUAGUUCUAUUUUUCUAAAUUUAUGCGAUUGUGGAAAAGAAGUUCUCCUCAAUGGAGAUGCUGCGAAACUUGAUCAUGUAUGCAAACUUGGGACGGGUGACCACUGAGUUGCCGCUCUGCAGUACAGAACCCUCCCAGUAACACUUCAUAAAACAACCAAUGGACACUUCAAACGUCUGUCUAGUGGAGAGACGCCUCUUGGCUGCCCUGUUUCUCACAGUGCGACAGCUGUAGUGCUUUGCUGUUUCUCUUCAGUGGAACAAUUGUAAUACUGCAUGAUUUUACUGCCAGACAACGGGUGGCAAUGUGGUCAAACUUCUUUCCCCCUCUCCCCUUUUAUUAGUUUUUUUUAAGAAUCACAUGUAAAUGUAUUUCUGGGGUCAGCCAUUGUAUUUAAACUAUUGCUUGUAUCUGUUUUAGCGAGUACAGUAUGUGUAUGGUAAGGCCAGUUGAGAUAUACAUGUUUGUAGAAGAUGCUUUUUAAACACACCUAUCACCUUGCAUUAUUGGGCUGGUUUCAUACUGUGGCGUCCAGGAUCACUUUUGUACUUUUUCCAAACCAAGUGUUUUAAACUUAUUAAACUGGCUCAACUGUA